UAGACUGUAUGUGUGGUGGAAGAAUACAGGGCUGUGUGUCGGUUUGUGUGUACCUGUGUGUGUUUGUGUUGUUCACAUCAAACAAUGGGAGGGAGGUGUUCCUUGGCUCCCUGUUAGCGUUUGAAAAAUGACAUGAAUGGACACCUUUUGAAACAGCGGCACCUCUCUCCUUGUGGGAAGGAAGGAAAGCAGGGUGUAAUAUUGGCGGAGCGAAAGAAGAUGAGUCAUGUCGUCUUUAAUGAAAGCACCAGCGGCAUCUGUGUGGAGUUGCGGUUGGCACCAUCAGCACAUUGUUAUCUCCCUCUGUUCCCUGGCUAAGAGGCAGCGACGGACCUCCCAGGGCCGACGUGUGGCACAGUCACACCGGAGGCCAUUAAAGACAGCAGCACCUGGCAAAUAGGGGAACGCUGGAAAUAGAGGGGGAAAAAGAAGCCAAAAGCCACACAAGAAAUGGAACAGAGAACGGCUCAUUAUCACUCAGAGCGGGUACUACAGGCUAGCUGUCAGCACACCUUUGGUUUCCUAGUGGAGUGGAGGAAAGUGGUAGCUGGAAAAAAAUGUAUUCUGGCUCUGAGUGUUUUCUUAAUUAGACCUCUACAUGAUAGGUGUGAGCCUCCUAACCUUCCAGGUCAGAAUUUAAAUAUGAAAAAAAGUCAAAGUCGAGUUAUUAUAUGACCAAAUGUGGUCUGUUUAUGGAGGAAAAUUAUGUUUUGAAACAGGCUUGUAUAUUUUGCAACAGCACAGAUAUAAAAGGCCACAAAUGUCAUAAAAUAACAGAAUGCCUGCCUCGUCUGGACUUAUCAAAAGGCCAGAGUCACACAUUUCUUCUAAUUUUCAAGCUGAUUUCCUCCAGCGGAAGAACUGGAUAAAGCAGUAAUAACUCAAGGCUGUUGUAACAGUGCCCCCUAGUGGACAUGGUGAGAAGAAUGGUGAGACUUGAAUCUGCAGAUGCUCUGUAUGUGUCACCUCACUUAGACGCCGCGAAGCAGCCGCACUGCUUGACAGUUGUUUAAUAAAGCUUCAGCUCUAUCAUAUACGCCUCAUUUUAUGAUGAGAAAAGGUUCUUUUCAAAUGCAAAAGUCGUUUCUGCAGGUCAAAACAGACAUCAUGAUAGGAGUCAACACACAAAUGUUUGUCACAUUUCAACCUUCAUCAGAUAAAAGCAGCCUUAACAGGAGGCCUGGAUGUUUUGAAAUGACUUAUUCAGCUUCAUUACACAAAGCAACAAACAAUACAAAACCUUUCAAACGCCAAUCUCAACACAAUGCCCGUCAGUUUAAUGUGCACCUGACUGUAAUUAUGCAAAUUUGGAGUAAUUAGCCAAGAAACCUGGUAGCCCUAAUGAGUUGUUGGAAAGUACAGGCUAAAUUUGGAUAAUGAGCCUCACAUUGUGCGCUCCGGUUUACAUAACAGAAACUAAAUGUCUUUUUUUAAAGGAUUCCCGUAUACAAUAACAGCCACCCACAGACUUCAUCUCCAUACAAAUACCUUACAAAUUAGACCCAGUGUGUUUGCCAAUGCACGCAGCCGAGAGUCUGAAAAACGCAGAAUUCAGCCUUUUCUUUGCUACCUGCCACAAACAUGCCUUGGUGCUGCUAUUUUGGCCAGGUCACCUAUUGACCUGACAGGCAAGUGUCAGGGGAGAGCCACAUGUCAGCUGCAGGUGGAAACUCUCAGCAGGGAGCGAUGCUGUGGCGUUGGCUGGCACAGUUGGAGCUCAGGAUUAUACAGUAUUGAGGGACUGCAGCUAAGCAGUUAAUUCGGCUUCAGUCUGGAGGUUUCCAACCCCCUGAAGAUGUACGGCCUGUAUUUGGAAGCAGUGAACGAUUACAUUAAUGAAUCCUAUGGAGAGGAUGUGUGGAGGCUGAUCGAGAACCGAGCAGAGAUACCCCACCUCAAGUUUGUCAGACAUCAAAUGUACAAUGACAACCUGAUCCUGCGGUUGGCAAAGGCUGCAGGCGAGGUUCUGGGAAAGACCCAUGAUGAGCUGAUGUACGCCUUCGGGGUCUAUAUGGUCAAGAGGAUUGGAAACUACGGAUAUGAGCGGAUCCUUAAGGUGUUGGGGCGAAAUGUGCGCGACUUCAUCAAUGAGCUGGACAACCUGCACGAGUACUUUCGCUUCUCCUUCCCCAAGGUGCAGCCACCAAGCUUCUGCGUGGAGGAGGAGUGCGAGACAAGUCUCACCCUGCACUACCGCAGCACCCGCAAGGGCUUCACUCAGUUUGUCAAAGGACAGCUCUCUCAAGUGGGACGGCAAUUCUACAACACCGAUAUCGAGGUGGAAAUCCUGUCUAAAGAGGAAACCGAGAAAAUGACGUAUGUGGUUUAUAAGAUGAACUUUGACAACGCCGCCUUCAAACACCGCAUGCCCCAGCAGAAAACAGCACCGAGCUACGAGAAGCUGCCAAUGAAGCGAGGUAUCUUUUUUGACAUGUUCCCCUUCAGCGUCAUCUUCCGCCGGGACAUGACCAUGUACCGCAUCGGCGACGGCCUCAAAGAGGUCUUCUCCGAUCUCCAGGGCAAGAAGGUCAACGAGGAGUUCACUCUGGUCAGACCCAUGCUGGAGUUCAGUUGGGAUAAUAUCUACACCCAUUUGAACAAUGUGUUUGAGCUGUUGUCUAAAGCGGUGGUGGAGAGCAAGCAAAAGGUCAACAUCCCCAAACUGAGCAAAGAGGAGCCAGAGGAAAAGGAAGAGAGUGAGAAAGCCAAGAGGGAAGAAGAAAGAGAGCCGAAGGCAGUGGAGGAGAUGAAGGGCACAGACCAAGAGUACAGCAGCGCUCUCACCCAGUACAACAGCUCUGCCAACUCUGGAGGGGAAGAUAUUGAACUGCUGGCCUUCCAGACUGUCACCGGAAAGUGUAGUGAGACCAUCUUUGAGGACAUGCGGGAACCUCCAAAGAAACCUCUCCACCUGAAGGGCCAGAUGAAGUAUGUCCCCCAGUGGGACUCCCUCAUCUUCCUGGGGACACCCAUUAUAGAGACAGUGGAGGACAUGAUAAAGAUGGGUGUGUACGUGAAUGAUCUGAACCUGCAUGACUCCAGCAGAGAGCUGAUUUUGGCCGGUACACAACAAUCGGCUGAGCUGCAGCUGGCCCUUGAUCAGGAGCAACAAAAAUAUGCGCAGCUGCAGGAAAUCAUCAAGAAGCUGGACGAAGAGAAGAAGAGAGGGGAUUCUUUGCUGUACGCCAUGAUCCCUAAAGCUGUGGCCGACCGCCUCAGGAAGGGGAUCACUGCACUGGAGACGUGCCAGGUCUUCCCAGAUGUGACCAUCCUGUUCAGCGACGUGGUCAAGUUCAAUGAGAUCUGCAUCCACAUCACACCCAUGCAGGUGGUGGACAUGCUCAAUGAAAUCUACAUCGUCUUUGACACACUCAGUGAGAAGCACAACGUCUACAAGGUGGAGACAAUUCGCGAUGCCUACAUGGUGGUGGCAGGCGUGCCCAACAAGACCACCUUUCACGCGCACCAUAUCUGCGACAUGGCCCUGGACAUGCUGAGUUCCAUCGACCACCUUAAAGAUCCGUCCACAGGAGAUAACAUCCAGAUCAGAGUCGGUAUUCACUCAGGUAUGGUGGUGGCUGGUGUGGUGGGUCUGAAGAUGCCUCGCUACUGUCUGUUCGGUGACACUGUGAACACAGCCUCAAGGAUGGAGAGCAAUGGAGUGGGCAUGCAGAUACACAUCAGUCAGACAACCAAAGAUCACCUGGAACAUGAGCCCUAUAUCAUUGAGGAAAGGGGCAAAAUCUUUGUAAAGGGUAAAGGCUACAUGAAGACUUACUGGCUGAAAGGAAAGAAAGAUCUAUCGUUCAAGACCCCGGCAGAGCUGCGCUACAGCAGUGAACAGAAAGACUCUGAGGACAAGAGCUCUAAUGGUUCCACAAGCACCAAUGCCAAGCGCAUGGCCUCCAACCUCCACAUCACCGGCAGUGAUGAGCAAGCUGAAGGGAAGCCAAGCCCUAGCGACCUCCCCCUGGACACCCUGCCCCCACCAGAGGCCGCUAACGAACCCCCCGCCAUUUCGACCGAGCCACAGGAGAAGGAGAAACCCAAAAAGACUAAGAACAACAAGGGGGCCAAGUUGGAUGUGCCCCAGGGAAACGCAAUGCCUGAGUCUUUGCCGCCCGCUGACGGGCUGGAGAACCCGGGUCCUUUACUCAACAACAAGAGAAACAGCUUCAGGCAGCAGUACGCCAAGCUGCCCACCAACCUGCCCAUGCGCAGCGCCGCCUGCUCCAUCCUGUGAGCAGACGAUUGUAGUGUGAGAUUACAAUACGACUCCAACAUGUGAUGAGGGUGUGAUGCUGAAAAUAUCAUUGAAGUUUAAUCAGAGGCAACACAAAGCAGACAGUUCAACGUUAUCAGCGAUCUGCAUACUAACGCAUUCUGAAUGUCAUGUCAUCCCAACCGGACUUUUGUGACAUUUUGAGUAAAACAAGAGUUAUACGGCAACUUAAAUAAAAUGUUAUAAGGAGUACAGUCUAGACCUGCUCUAUUUUAUGAUUUGGCGCUAUACAUAUAAAACUGAAUUGAAUUGAAUUGAAUUAAACCGAAGACCAACACUUUUCCCACCGAAGUCCAUUUGUAUUGUACUCAUGCAUCAAAGUAUUUGCCUAGACCUUCUUUAAGAUCACUUAUAUCAACACCCUGCAUACUUACACAACAUGCCAACUGCUUCCUUAUGUCGACUGUUUCAUAAAAAAGGAAGUAUGUCCUCUACACAAGAACAGCACAUGCACAGAGAAACAGAGAACUUCAGAAUUGUACGACAUGUAACGACAGCCAUGACAAUGAGUCUUUAUGCUCUACAAGCCAUUCAUGAAGUCACUGCUAUUACUGCUGCAGGAAUUAUGUUCAAAUGUAUAAUGACAACAAAUUACAGGAAAAUUAAAGUAAGCCAUUUUGUGACAGGGCUUACAUGGUUUUUAACCGAGGCGGGAGCUUCCACAGAAACAGAAAUAAAUAAUUCUAUGGAUGCUUCAUUUAAUUCACUGAGACUAGACAUCAUCAGAGGUUGUAUUUUAUUUUGUUUAAACUAGGUGUAUGGUAAUUCAGUAGGUAUUUGGCUAGACCUUCACAACAUUGUCUUAAAGAGUUCUGGUUCUACUUUCUGUAUGUAACUGACUGCAUUUGUUCCACUGUAUGAUAGCAUUUAUUUAUAUAAAACUGUAUGUACAGCCA